AUGUUGUUGUCUGCAAAAAGAAAAAGAGAAAGAUCAUUUGAACGAUUAAGCAUCAAAGACAAAGGCAUGACCGACGAUGAUGAUGAUGAUGAGAAACGAAAAAUUAGCGAAAUAACGAAACAGCUUCCCAAGGAAGUAAAUUUAGUAAGGACAUUCUAUUUGGAAGAUGCGUCAUCCAAUAAAUCCAUCAUGAUUAUAGACAAGGACGACAUUCACACAUUCGACUACAACAUAAAAUAUGGAGUCGUGGUCUCCGUACCCGUAGCCAGUUUGGCUCAAGGCUUGUCCUUGUUGCCUGGUUCCCAACGAUCAGAGAGACCCAACCGCAUGAUAAAUAAUCUAGGUUUGUCGAUCCUUCGUUCGGAGCUCAAUACAAUCACAUAAUACAAAUGCAUCAGAAUAGUAACCAAAAUGCAUCAGAAUAGGAACCGCAAAUGACAAAGCAUCGGCCAAACAAAACGUUUCUCAAGAACGCCUGACUGAGGUUUUACGCCGUUGAAGCAAGGGUCCACGCGGCUUUAGCUUCCUCCGAUCCC